UACCGGUCAAAAUUCCCUUGUCUUCCACUCUUCAAAUGGAAGAGGCUUAAAGGGUAUUGGUAUAUGCAAAAGUUGACCUUGAAUUAAUAUCUUGUGGACUACCAAACAAUUUUGUCCAAUCUAUCAGUCAUAUUGAAGUUGCGCACUGCUUGGACUGACGGACACAUCAAAGUGAAGUAGGUUUAUUCCAAAGUUCUGAGAGGAUGAAGCAGAUGGGGGUGGAACCUGAAGGUGGUAGUGCCAAGUUGAAACAGGCACCCCUUCCCCCACCACCUUCUCCACCAUUGCCUACAUACAGGUUUGCAAGAAAACCAGCAGUUUUGAGUGUGACAAAUCAAGAGAUUGCCGAGUUCUGGAAGCAGAAGCGGAUCAAAGAGGAAGAUCAUCUUCUAGCUGCUAUUAAGGCUGCAGCUCAUGUCAGGGCACGCAAACUUUCAGAGGAUGAUUACAAGUGCUUUGUAGCGUCGUUGGAUGAGCAUGGCGAUAGCAAGGAAGAAGAUGCCAUGGCCACCUCCAAGGGCAGCAGAGAAGACGACAACCACAAAGAGUUGCGCGUGGGAAUUAAGGACUGGUGGACGAAGAGCAAGUAUGCAUAUCUCAACCACCCAGCCAUUGAGUCGACUACCGCGCCGAGAAGCCGAGCCUCUACCUACAUUCCCAAUUUUUGCAACUACCACCGUUCUCAGCCGCCGCCAACCACCACAUUUGGCAUUUUUUAGCCGGCUUCAACCCCCUUGAAUUAUGCUUCUACUCUCAGUCUCACCCCCUUGCUUUAUUUAUUUACUGUAAUCAGUGUUCUAUUAUAACGUUUUGGAUGAUCUAUCCAUACAUGGAUUGCAACGUUACAGCU